AUGUCUUUCCCGCUCGUCGUAAAGGAAUUCUUUAUCUUCACAGCACAAAAUAAGGAAGCUUUUGGUUCAGAAUACGGAAAGGUUCUUUACUUUUAUCCCAGUGGUACAUCUCAGAAUGAUCAACUGGCGGUUGUUGGAUUAUGUGAUGCUUUAUUAUCCUUCUCCAAUUUUUUCCUAACUUCAUGUACCGCUUUGCACACACGUAAUGGAAAGCGCUAUUUCCACCGAAUUUCUGACGAUGUUUGGGGCGUCUUGAGUGUGUCCGUCAUCGAUCCAUCAGCCUUAUCCCAUGUUUGCAAAUUUUGUGAACGCAUCAUCGAUGACAAUGUGAUCUCACACAAACUGGCAAAUUUAUGUGAACGUUUUGAGAGUUCUAGGGACUUAACUUCAUUUCAGCUCUUACAUGGACCAAUAUUGAUAGGGUCUGAGGCAGAAAUGGUCGAGUCGCGAAGCAAUUUAAUGAAAUUUUUCAGUAAAGAGUUGACAAUGAUUGACCUUAGCUUCCACGACAUUCCUGACCUAUUUGAGGCUAUACAAGGGAAGUUCUGGAGUCCCAAAAACAUACUAAGUUUGGAAAAUCUGGGCACUCGUAUUCAACUUUCCUGUCCGUUUCCGAAUACAAGCGCGGUACUCUUGUAUGAUGCACAUCUGGCAUGGUCAUCACUGUCUGUAAAGGAUUUUCGCCCUAUCCUUCGUUACAUCAUCUCUGAAAUCAUGAGUUUGCCUCCUGAUCUUGAUCUAGCCGCUAUCUCGCCCAAGGCACCGCAUAUGGGCAGAUUCCUAACUGGUCCACCGGACAUGGACAAGCGACUUUGCCCAGCACAGACCCUAAUUCCAACUGUCUUCCUAAAACUUCCCAAUUCAGAGUAUCGAAGAGUCAAUGUAGUGGUUUAUCGUGCCUUGAGACUAACUUUCUGCCUCUUUGUUGACGAAAAGUAUGCACUUAAAAAGGAAUUCUUUACCACCUUCGAUACUAUGUACGGGAACGCAUUGACUGACCUGUCCACUGAAAUUGAAGGUGAUUAUGGUGAGAGCGCCGCUUUCACCUCCGACAUUUCAACCCUGUCGUUGAGUACCGAAUCAUCCUCAAAACCUAUUCAGGGCACGCCUGGUUGUUCCUCUAUCGGAGGUUUUCUGUUGUGGGAGCCUGAGCUAGCCUCGAUAACCACAGACCUAUUCCCCCUCUACUCAGGAGGUCUCAGUGACGUUAUUCCUGCUUUUGCGCCCCUCUUACCCAUCAUCUACGCCGUUCGUGGGGAUGUCAUGUCCUGUUUUGGCCAAUCUUGGUGCGAGUGCCUGGUCAAACUUGAACCCGACAUCUGGCUGCACCUUCGGCGCCUCAAUAAACGUGAAAUUUUCCUCACUUUUUUCGGAAAAAAAGUCGACAUCUCCAAAGUGAUAAAUGUGAUGGCGUUCAUCUAUCGACGCAUCAUUCGUUGUUGCAUUCGCCCGCGAGGCCGUGAUUCGAUCCACUGGGAUCGGGUAGGUCUCUACAGCGACGAAGAGGACGAACGGGAGACGGCGGUUCUGAUGCCCCUAUACACCUUCGCGCAGCCACAGCCGCAGACCGCGGUGAAACUGGAUCUCGCCUCUGCCGGCCAAUUUGCGGUAAUUGUGAAGAACAAUACGCGUCUAUGCGGCAGUGGAGCAGCUCGCGCCUCUGCUCCGAUUGUGCAGGACAAGGCCUACUUCGAGGUGAAGUUGCAGUCAGGAGGCCUGUGGGCUAUCGGUCUGUGUCAUUCUAAGGCCAAUCUAAACGUGGCUGAUGACAUGCGGAGGCAGAACACGGCAUGGGUCCUAUUCCACGACGGUGUCAUCUACCACGACUCCGUCCCUCUGAUGGAGCUGGAGUCACGUAAGGGCACCUCACCAGCAUUAGAAGAAGGUGACAUUCUGGGUGUCUUCUAUGAUCACACUGAACUCCGAUUCGCCAUUAACGGGGUGCCGCAGUACUUUCGUGACCACGGGCGUCGAUGCACCGGGGUGACGGGCAUUCGGGGCGCUGUCUAUCCCCUACUGGCUGCUGAUGAAGGCGCCGUUCUGGACGUUCGCUUCACCUGCUUCCAAUAUCCACCCAGGGAGGGUGGAUACACAGAAAUUCGGUUAGAACAGAACAUUCUGUGA